AGACAACAUGGAACUGGAGAAAGCUCAAGCGUUGAAAGUUACCAACAAAAGUGCUGCGAUAGAUAUUUUAUAUAACAUUGGUAAUAGAAAUGUCGAUACAAACAAUGAAAAUGACAUUAAAACCAAAGAGCAGGCAAUAUUAGAUUUAGGAGCACUGUUAGCAGAAACAGGACAGGCUGAAGAACUGGCAGGUUUGAUUAAGUUCACACGUCCUUUCCUUAGUCUGGUCAGUAAAGCCAAGGCAGCCAAGCUGGUCAGGGGACUGGUCGACAUGUUUCUAGAUAUGGAAGCGUCAACAGGGAAAGAGGUUCAGCUUUGUCAAGAAUGUAUAGAUUGGGCCAAGGAUGAAAAACGAACCUUCCUUAGACAGGCAUUGGAGGCUAGACUUAUUGCUUUAUAUCAUGGAACACAACAGUUUACAGAGGCGCUUCAGUUAGCAUCCUCCCUCUUGAGAGAGCUAAAGAAAUUAGAUGACAAGGCACUGUUGGUUGAGGUCCAACUUUUAGAGAGUAGGAUUUAUCAUUCACUGUCAAAUCUACCAAAGGCAAGGGCAGCCUUGACCUCUGGUAGAACAACAGCCAAUGGUAUUUAUUGUCCACCUAAACUGCAGGCAGCUCUAGACAUGCAGUCAGGUAUUCUACAUGCUGCAGAUGAGAGGGACUUUAAAACAGCUUAUUCUUACUUCUAUGAGGCAUUUGAAGGCUAUGAUUCCAUAGACAGUCCCAAAGCUGUGACGGGACUCAAAUACAUGCUGAUGUGUAAAAUCAUGUUAAACACGGCAGAUGAAGUUCAAACAAUUCUGAGUGGAAAACUAGCCUUAAAAUACCAAGGCCCAGAAGUUGAGGCCAUGAAAAGUAUAGCCCAAGCCAGUCACAAGCGAUCUCUAGCAGAAUUUCAGAAGACAUUGGUGCAGUAUAAAGCCCAGCUAGCUGAGGACCCGAUUGUCAAUGCUCAUUUGAAGACGCUGUACGAUAAUUUACUGGAACAGAAUCUCUGUCGUAUCAUCGAGCCUUUCUCCAGAGUUCAGGUCCAGCAUGUUGCAAACCUGAUUAAACUGCCAAUAGACACAGUUGAGAAGAAAUUGUCACAAAUGAUUCUGGAUAAGAAAUUUCAUGGUAUAUUGGACCAAGGUGCAGGGGUACUGAUCGUGUUUGAUGAGACGCCAGUGGAUAAGACAUAUGAGAACUCCCUGGAAACCAUACAGAAUAUGGGCAAAGUGGUGGACGCCCUGUACCAUAAAGCCAAAAAACUGACAUAGGGAAAGUAAUCAGUAAAUGACGUGUUAUUAACAUUGAGGAUAUUCCAGUAAAUAACUGAAAAAAGGGAAAUAGGAUCUAGUUCACAGUAAUGUGCAAACUAAGCUGAAAAUCUGAAGCUUUAACAUUGAAAGUUGAAAAUCAAUUCUCUGUGAGCUAAAGAGCAGAACAAUUUAGUUUGGAAAAAAAUACAUAUGAAUAUGUAUUCAUAAUGUUGUGCAUUCGGAAAAUAAAUUAUUACGGCUAUGUUAAA